AUGCGGUCUGGCAAUAUCAUCCUGGAAAACAAAGGAAUGUCCAAUGGCUCCAACGUAAUGGAUGACAUGAGGUCGCAGUAUCUCGUCUGCAUACCUUCGGCCCGUCAAAGUGCCAUUCCAAAUGAUAUGCAGGUCUGUGAUAAGACAGACUCCUUCAUUUCGACAGAGCAAUCAUCAACUAUUCGAGUGUCACCCUCAGGAACGCUCAUCAUUGACAAAAUUGAAGCUACAAUGAAAGGAUCUUAUACUUGCACUGCCGAUAAUGCCUUUGGUAAACCUAUAAAGAAAACAAUUUUCAUUUCGGUUAACGAUUCACCUGCUGUUGCACCAUUUAUUUUCCCUCCGGCAUUAAAAGAAGGGGACAGAGCCAGUGUUAUAUGCACAAUCACAUCAGGCGACAGACCGCUUCAAUUUAAAUGGAAAAAAGACGGCCAAGAUAUUUCAAACUUUAUGAACAUCAAAACGCAAUCUAUAACAGAUUCUUCUGUAUUAAUUAUAGAGCCUGUAACAUCAAAAAGUUCCGGGAACUACUCUUGCAUUAUUUCUAAUUCUCAUGGAAGCGAUACGUUUACUGCGUUAUUGACUGUUACCGCUCCUCCGGAAUGGAUCAAAGAACCUGAAGAUAUUUUUACUCAGGAGGGAAAUAGCUUAAAUAUUGAAUGCGAAGCUUCUGGUGUCCCGAAACCUAAUGUGAAGUGGACUUCAGGUAUUAUACAUUUCAGUAUUAAACUCCCCAUGUGUGUAUUAACUAUGAUUGAAAAACUGUACAUUUUCAGCAAAUAACAGGCUUAAUCAACUUGAAAACAGAACGAAAGAAGAGAAGUAAAAAUGCCUUACAUAAUUGUUUAUUGUGCUAAGAAGAAAGAAAUACAUGUAUAUUAAUUCCUCAGAAGCAACAUAAAAUCUACCGUCAAAUAUGAUUUCCAAAGUUAGCAUUAAAAUUAUGAUCGAGACUUAUUGCUACACU